ACUCCUAACAGCUAGCUGGCUAGGGCGUUGCUAGCGGCAGAAAGUGGGAUUUUUGGUACCUUUCCAUAAGUUAUACUCACGUACAAAUAACGUCGUGCGUUUGGAAAAAAAUAGCGUUUGGUGUUAGCCGAAAGUUUUGAGCGGCCUGGCGGCUAUUUUUGUCGUAGUUUGCGGAAGACUGGUUGUUGCUGGCUGUCCCGUUAGCUAGCCACAGAGCUAGCUUGCUUUGCAUCCACGGGAAUUCUGCCGAGAAACGACUGAAUUCUGGAAACAUGGAGUCAAGGAACGCUGCGCUGUGCUAACCGACUUCACUGGAUUUUGUUUCUUCAAGGAGACUUUUUGAAGGACAUAACAAGGAGAUAAUUCACAUGCCAGUCAACAUUCAUGCGGUGAUAUAUAUAUUUCUUUCGGCCGUUGCCCAGCUCAUUGUUGUGAACGGGAGUUUGCUUAGUUUGCACUCGAAACAAGAGCACACGAAGCAAAGUUUUUUGCUGAAAGAGCUCAUCUGUUUUGUUAGCUGGUAGCUGGCGAGAUACAACGCCAGCCGGAUCGCUGUGAGAAAGGAUUUGCCAAAACCAUUGCGAUUUUUUUUAAUCGGGCAUAACCCGUAUUGUUUUGUAUCUUAACGUUUUAUACUGCUAUAACAUUAGCUGUAGUUGUUUUGCUAAUUUGUAACACGGGGUUGUCUCAACUCGUAGUCGGUAUUGAGCGAUUCUCAUGGUCACGGGAGACUCGUCCGCGCAGCCACAGACAGGCAUUUCUGGGAGCAGGGAAUACCAAAUGGGACUGGAGGAAUUUCCAACAUCUUCAAAGAUCAUUUAGGCACCGAGGCCAUUCAGCCGAGCAGGGGUGGUGGCAGACGGACUGUAUCACAGGGCCAAGGUGUCCGCUUCAUUUACGUACUGGAAUACUAAUAGGUCAUGUUAACGCUACACGUUUCACAUCAGCAGGACAGUGGGAUGUGAUUUAUUGACAUCAAAUGAUCCGAACAAGGAGUUUGUAUAUGCACGACAACUUGUUUGAGCUGGAGCAAUUUAUUUUUUGUUUGCUGCCACAGUAUUGUUUAUAGCCAUCUGACUGUACAGCUAACAAGGCCGAGGCCCCGAUUCGUUUUGAUGGUCUUCACUGUCCCUUGCAGCCAUUCACUUUAGACAAGGAAUAUUGUUUGAUAGAUAACGUGUCGGUUUUUAUUUUUGUUUAUCCUAGUGUUGGACGUACAGCCCACACCAGCCGCCGCAAUUAUAUAUAUAUUUUUUUCCUGCUCACCAUCAUCCUCACAGUCCUUGCCAAAUUAAGACGAAUGCCAGUGAAGGACACUCCAGGAAAUCGUCUCAUCACAUUCUGGAAAAUGUUAAUCGGAUAUAAUUUGCUGCAAAUCUAGAACCGGAAGCCCAAUGAGUGACACACAGUCCAGUUUCACUGACAGGUUUCCCAAGAAAGUAAACAGUACCAGCAGCAUUCUAAGUAAAGACCAUCCCCCGGACAAGAAACCCAAAAGUGAUAAAUCCCCACUUCCCACCAAUGAGUUUGACCCUACAGAAGCUCUGGUGGUGCAGAAGAGUGGCAGCAGCAGUGUGCUAGCGGAGGGGAGGCCUGAGUCCUGUGGUCUGGUCCAGCGAUGUGUAAUCAUCCAGAAAGAUGAAAAUGGCUUUGGGCUCACUGUCAGCGGUGACAACCCAGUAUUUGUGCAGCUCGUCAAAGAAGAUGGGGCUGCUAUGCGUGCAGGUGUUCAGACAGGAGACAGGAUCAUCAAGGUUAAUGGGACCCUAGUUACACACUCCAAUCACGUCGAAGUAGUGAAGCUCAUCAAGUCUGGCUCCUAUGUGGCCCUCACAGUGUUGGGGCGGCCUCCUGGGCUCGCCCAGAUCCCCCUGUCUGAGGCAGAGUCUGAAAUGUUGGGAGACAGUGUUUCCUCUCCAAACUCCCCAGCAGCAGAGCGCCCAUACAGUCCUCUGGAUCGCAUCUCCUCCACACUGCCAUCUUGGGAUGAGAAUAGCAGCGUCUAUAACCAGAAGGUUGACAUCUUACAAAAGAAGCUUUCAAAAGAGCAGCAGGACUUGCAGGCCAUGAAGGAGGAGUACAGCAGGAACCCCUCCCCCAAACUACUGAAAGAUAUCCAGGAAGCUAAGAAACACAUUCCUCAGCUGCAGGGUCAGCUCUUUAAGGCCACUGGGGCAACACAGGAGGCUGUUCCAGUGGGAGAUGCAGAUGAUGGUAGCACGUUUGAGACAGAGCACAGUCCCUCGUCUAAGGGAGAUAACAGCACAGACCUGUCCUGGAGCAGCUCCCCUCUUUCUCGUGGUUUUGGCCUCGGGUCUCCAGAGAGCCUGUGCCCAAGAGAGUCUUCCUGCCCCAGCCCAAAGAGCACUCCCAGAGACAGCUUCAACUCCUGCCACUCCCCCGAGGCAGAGGACACUACUGACCUGGACUCUCUGUCCCCCACCACAGUCAGCAGUCCCUCUUCCUCUCGCCUCGUCUCGCAGAUCAUUGGAGCUGAGGAUGACUAUUUUGAUUCAGACCAGGAGCAGACAAACGGCCAGUGUAACAGUUUCCAAAGCAUUGAGCUGCUCAAGUCUCGUCCUGCCCAUCUUGCAGCUUUCCUGCACCAUGUCAUCUCUCAGUUUGACCCUGCCCCACUGCUGUGCUACCUCUAUGCUGACCUGUACAAGCAGACCAACUCCAAAGAGACCAGACGGGUGUUUAUGGACCUCCACAACUUCUUCAUUGACCGGGGAGCACAUUUAAAAGUUACUGUUCCUGAGUCCAUCUCUGCUGAUCUUGACCGGCGGCGGACAGAGCUGAUUCCAGAGGAAAUAAACAGACAACAUGUUCAGACACUGCAGGACUCUUUGCUCCCUGACAUCCAGAGGAACCUUGAGGAUUUUAGGCAGAAACGCAGUAUGGGCCUUACACUGGCUGAAGUAGAGCUGGCCAGACUGGACCAAGAACGAGGCAGAGACCGUGUCACUCUUGAACGGGAGCGUUCCUAUGCUGAGAACAUCAUCACCAAGAUAGACGACGUCCUGGUGACAACUCAGACCACAGAGGAAGAAAAAUGCACUACUAUGCAGUAUGUCAUUUUUACAUACAUGAAGCACCUUGGUGUGAGGGUCAAGGAACCACGCAGCCUGGAGUCUAAACGGGUCCGCAUCAACUUCCUUCCCAAGAUCAAGAAAAGCAUAAAAACAGAGAAGGAGGGAGAAGAAAAGGUGAAAAAACCUCGAUUUCCCAGUAUCCUUGCACCUCAGCGGCGGCCCAGCCGUGUUGAAGCAGCAUCAGUGGGUAAGCCUCUGGAUGGGCGCCCCAGGCCUCAGAAACAGUUGUCUCAGCCUACACUGGGGACAAGCGAGCACCUAGAGGCUGGUCGUUUGAGAGGCAGCCAGUCCAGCGAGGGCUCUGAACUCACACACUCCACAUCUCUCACCACCUCACCCCCCAACAGCGCCACCUACAGCUCAGACGCUAGCAGAGACACAGACAUGGGUGGGACUCCAACCUCAGGUCCCUCCAGGUUGAGCGACGGCCUUCAGUCUGACCCUCUGGAUGGCUUGCCGUACCCUGCCUCACAUAUUGAUUUCUACGGCCUGGACCAACUGCAGGAGGAAGACAGAGAAAGUGACAGAAUCCCUGAGGGAACACCAAAGGCCAUAAGAAGGCUUGAGGGACUGGGUGCUACAGAUGUCCAGAGUGAGGAUGACCAGGGAACAGACUCAGAACAUGACCCUCUCAACUGGCAGCAGCUGGUGGGGCGAGAAGUCCUGGCAGGUCUCAGACCCCAUGAAAUCAAGAGGCAGGAGGUCAUCAAUGAGCUCUUUUACACGGAACGUGCACAUGUACGGAUGCUGAGAGUGCUGGACCAUGUCUUCUACCAGAGGCUCUCCAAAGAGGCCAUCCUGCCUCCUGCUGACAUUAGGAACAUCUUCACCAACCUGGAAGAGAUUCUCCAGCUGCAUGUUUCAAUAUUGGAGCAAAUGGCAGCCAUUCGGAAGAGAAAUGAGUCUUCAGUAAUUGAUCAGAUAGGAGAUGACUUGCUCUCCUGGUUCGGUGGUGGAGAGGAGGAGAAGAUCAAGCAGGCUGUGGGGACAUUCUGCAGCAACCAGCCCUUUGCUCUAGAGCUCAUCAAGACCAGGCAGAAGAAGGACUCGCGUUUCACGUCCUUCAUCCAGGAGGCAGAGAGCAACAGACUGUGUCGCAGGCUGCAACUGAAGGACAUCAUCCCUGUAGAAAUGCUGAGGCUCACCAAGUAUCCACUGCUACUAGACAACAUCGCCAAGUGCACAGAUAAUGCAGUGGAGAAAGACAAAGUGAAGCAGGCGGGAGAAUGCUGUAGAAAGAUCCUCAAUCACGUCAACCAGGCUGUGAAGGAGUCUGAGGACAAGCAGAGGUUGGAGGACUACCAGAGAAGAUUGGACCUCUCUUCUCUAAAGCAGACAGACAACCCCAUGAUCCUGGAGCUUAAGAAUCUGGAUCUGACCAAGAGAACAUUGGUGCACGAGGGACCAUUGUCAUGGAAAGUUAACAAGGACAAGACUAUCGAGCUGUACACACUCCUCCUGGAGGACAUCUUGGUCCUGCUACAGAAACAAGAUGAGCGUCUGAUCCUCAAGUGCCACAGCAAGAACCUGGCAGGCAGUGCUGACACCAAGCAUAUUUUCAGUCCCAUCAUCAAACUCAACACUGUUCUGGUGCGCUCUGUUGCCACAGACAACAAGUCGUUCUUCGUCCUGUCCAUGUCAGAAAACGGAGCACAGAUCUAUGAGCUGAUGGCACCCACAGUCUCAGAUCAGAGAACGUGGCAACGUCUAAUCACCCAGAGAGCUGAUGCCAUGAAAGUCAAGCCUCACAGUGUCAUACCGUUACCUCAGACUGAUGGGGAGAGAGAUGGUGUGGAGAUAAUUACACCUGGUGUGUCUAGACUGAGUAAAGAGUCAGAUCGCACAUCCACCGGCAGCACCCGCUCUACAGAUAAAGAGAGCAGCCCACCCUCUAGAAGCGUGAUGCAGAAUUCUCUGCCAGGUAAUAACCCUUUUGAUGGAGUGAAGGCGGAGGAAGAGGAGGAGGAAGGUUUUGUUGACCCAGAACUUCCUUACCAAAUGGCUGAGGAUGGAAGCGAAGGAGACUCCUUCAGCCUCUUCCCCUCCAGGGCAGAUGAAGCACUGAAGACAUUGGCAGCAUUGAAGCAGGUUUUGGUGACCCAGCUAAUGUCCCAGGAGGCCAGUGAACGUGCCCAGCGCUCCUCAGGGGCCCGUCUCCUCAGGACCACCUCUCUACGGACACCUGUGGACAGCCGUGCGCGGGUAAUGGUCCAUAACGGCUCAGAGAGGAACAGCUCCCAGACAGAGGACCCCGCUCAGGACCUGGGCUCUGGAGACACAGGCUUUUUUGAUUCCCCUGAAGAUUAUGCAGGAUACCUAGUCCUGGAGGGUUAUGGAGGCCCAGGGGAGAGCAGCACAGAUGAUGACAUCUUGGCGGCAACCACAGGGAAGCAGCUGAGCACCUCACGAGGCUGCGCAGCAGAUUCUGGGAUCAAUUUGAGGUUUUCUUCAACAUCACAGGCUGGCAGCCUCUCCUCUUUCAGCAGACAGGUCCUUUCUCACCUUAGAAACCUACAGACCAACCUCAAUUACUUGAAGGAGGUUGAAACCAAGUAUAAUAAUCUAAUACGCCAAAGGCCAGAGAGGUCAGCAACAGACACAGAUGGAAACAAAGAUAAGAGAUAGUGGAAAUCCAUGCCCAGGCCCUUGGCCCUGGUCCCAAAGAGGGAGUGGUGACUAGUAGUCUGUUCCUACUUCCUGUGUCCUGGACUUCCUGGACGUCCUCUAUAAGCUUGUCCUCUCACUGCUGAGCCCCUCCCUCCAUCGCCGUCACCCACGGUUGCCACAGAGAACGAGAGACUGAGCAUGAGCAGAGAUGGUUGGAGGGAGGAGGAGCCUGUUUGAUGCCCUUCCCCUCCAUCAGCACAAGGCAAUCAGGGAAGUGGGAUUGCCCCAACCCAAAACCCUGCCCCUCUUCCAUUCUAACACCCCAGUUCCCCGACAUCCUUGCAAGAAAGAGAACUUAUACCAAAUUGUACAAAGAUGUGUGUUUAGAAUAUAUAUAUAUGAAACACAAAACAAGAAAAGGAAAAUUUUUAAGAUAAUGUAUUAAGAUUUUUUUUUAUCCCAAGAUGUAUUUAUUUUCUUUCUUUUCUUUUCUUUUUUUUUGUUUUGUUUUGUUUUUCUUUUUCUUUUUUUUUUUUUUUUAAAGUGUUCCCCACAUUGCUUGCAUGCUUUUGGCCGUGGUGUUGUGACCUUUCUGGCUGCUUAUCCUGCUUAAAACACACGGGGUUGUGUGAGUGCACACCAGCAAACUAGCACACUAGCCUAGCUUACCCUGAUGAAAGAGCAGGAAUAUAUUCAGACUGAGAGAGGCCAGAGUUGCACUGGUUACAGAUAGAUCCUAAUGUGUUAAACUCUAGAACUUUGUUUAAGUCUAGAAUUUCAGAUAAAUUCUAGGGGUGGUGUUAACUAGAAUGAAGAGUCUGAAGGCUCUGAUCUGGUCCUGUUGCAUUUCUAUUCCUGGCAUUUCCAUGCUGCCUCCUUUCUUACUCCUCUCACUGCUGAGUGUUACACCUCUUCUUUACUCCCCUCCCCCUUAGCGUGUCUCUCCCUGUAGUGUCAGCCUCUUUUCCCCCGUAGCCCAGUGGCUUUCACACUUAUUUAUCCCCUCCAAUCUCUAUAUGUCAUGCUUCCCUUCUUUCUCAUAUGCCUAUGAGUAUCUUGCCUGGUUCCUCCUAUCUUUCCAAGGAGCGGUCAUGCUCCCUCUGUAUUAGCUCCAGACAGUAGUGCUGCUUCUUCUGUUACUGCUGGUGAUGCUGAUCUGACUGCCUGAUAUUCUAAUAAUGUCAUGAAGUUCAACAUAUAAUGUACAAUGAUGAUCAAGUUGGAAGGCUAUGCAUAAGUUUAAUAAAUAAAUGGUGCCAUGACACAUUUCAAAAA